AUGGAUCCAUUAAAGUACAUUUUCCGCCAACCCAUGCCUAUAGGGAAACUGGCCAAAUGGCAAAUGCUACUGAGUGAGUUUGACAUCACAUACAUAGCACAAAAGUCUAUCAAGGGACAAGCAUUGGCUGAUUUAUUGGCAGAAAGUCAAGUCGAUGAGGAUUCCGAACCACUCCGAAUCUACUUCCCAGACGAGGCAGUAUUAACGAAGGUAAGGACAGGGUCAACGGUUUUAGGUGGUCAGUGUCCAGCAAUAGCACCCGUACAUGCUCCGCAAGCUGCUAGGGAAGGCAUGAUUCUGACUGUUUCUAAGGGAUCCCAAACUCGAGUUGGAGCACAGAGUGCCGAGCAGAAGAGAUGGGAGAAGUUUUACAUGAUAAAGUCGCAGACUUAUGAUGGACAUCCGAAUGCUGAUGCUUAUGAGUUCUUGAUGAUUGGCGCCAAGUUGGGGUGGAGGGCAUUCUUAGAGACUAGGACUGUUGGAUCGCCUCUGCUAACUUGGGAGGAGUUUUCGAGAGUUUUCUUAGAGAAGAAGGUUCCUUUCAGCUUGCGUGAGAAGAGGCGUGAUAGGUUUGAUCAUCUUGAGCAGGGUUCUAUGAGCGUGACUGAGAACGAGAUGGAAUUUAAUGCCUUGUCUCGUCAUGCUUUAACUAUUCUACCUGAUGAGGCAGAGAGGAUCUGCAAGUUCAUUCGAGGGUUAUCGUAUCAUCUCAAGGUUGCUGCUAUGUUUGCUGUAGCUAUUCAGCCUUCACCGGGUGGUACUUCCGGUUAUAGUGGUGGAUAUAGUCCAAGACAGAGCUCUCAAUCGUCAUAUCCUCGACCAGGUGGUCGUAGUGGUUAUUCCCGUUCUUCUCCUCCGCCAGCAGCCCGUGGUGGAUGUUAUGAAUGUGGUCAGGCAUCUACUCUGAGGCCAGCUAGUCAGCCAUGGAGAGGUGGUUCCCAGAGUGAUAGAGGGAGUUCUUAUUCGGGUAGAGAUGGCACUCAGACCAACCGUGGAGGUGAUCGUGGGGAUUCACAGUCUGGUGUGGUGGAGCCCAGUGUUAUGCACUUCCGGCUUAAGAUUCGGAAAGAGGAUAUUCCCAAGACAGCGUUUCAUACUCGUUAUCAUUAUGAGUUUUUGGUCAUGUCCUUUGGUUUGACUAAUGCCCUUGCAACAUUUAUGGAGUUGAUGAAUGAUGUCUUUCGACUGUAUUUGGACUUCUUUGUGAUUUUAUUCAUCAAUGAUAUUUUGAUCUACUCUAGGAUUAGGGAGGAGCACGAGAGGCAUUUGAGGAUUGUUCUUGAGACGUCGAGGGAGAAGAGGCUUUAUGCUAAGUUCUUCAAGUGUGAUUUCAGGUUUAGUUUUGUGGUGUUUUGGGGGCACAUGGUGUCCAAGGAUGGUAUCAUGGUUGAUCCACGGAGGAUUGAGGUUGUUCGUGAUUGGAACAUGCCUACUACAGUUUCGAACACUUGGAGCUUUUUUGGUUUGGCUAGUUACUAUCCAUGA